AUGCCAGCUUACCUUUUGUGUACAUUGUUAUAUAAAUAUGAAACAAAACGUCAUUUUCAGUGGAAGUCUAUUGUACAGGCAAGUGUUCUAAUGGCAACAAAUGAUGAAGAAGGAGAAUGUCGCAGUUACGAACAUAUCUCUCAAAAUGAUGAAAAUCAAAGUAGAAUUUAUGGAAAUAAAGAAAACAUUACAUUAAUAUGGUUCGAUAAAAGAAUUCAAAUCAAUUCACCGGAUAUUCAAUUGACAAAAGUUAAGUUUAGAGAAAUUAAUGAUUAUACUAUAUUAUUCACUGAUAUGAACGAGUGUACGCAAUACAUCGAAUCAAUCAAAACAGAAAAAGUCUUGUUGAUCGUGUCGGGAGUUGAUGCACACGAUCUGCUAUCAAAAGUACACAAUCUCCGUCAAAUCGACAGCGUCUUUAUAUUUUGUAUGAACAAAGCAAAAUAUGAGAGCAUAUUGAUGGAAAAUGAGGAUUAUUCGAAAAUUGUUGGUAUUUUUAGUGAGCAGAGUGAUUUAAUCAAAAAUAUCGAACAUCAUAUUCAUUUGGUAGGAAAACAAAUGGACAUUUUUAGUUUAUACACACAAAAUCAGAAGGCAGCGAGAAAUUUAACCAAAGAAUCUGCAUCCUUUAUCUGGCAUCAACUAUUGAAAUCAAUCCUGCAGAAAAUGCCGAGUGGGGAACAUAGUGCGAAACGAGAAAUGCUCGACAAAUGUCGUCUGUAUUAUCGUGGGAACAAAAAAGAGUUAAGAAAUAUCGAAAAAUUUGAUAAAACAUAUUCGAAGCGCGAAGCAAUCAAAUGGUAUACAAAAGAUAGUUUUAUAUUUAAAUUAAUCAACAAGGCCUUACGAACAGAAGAUGUUGAAGCUCUGUAUACCUUUCGUUUUUAUCUUAUUGAUUUAUGUUCGCAAUUAGAAGACAAUCAUCGACUUGUACUGGAAUUUUACGACACAUUAUUGCUCUAUCGAGGAGCAAAACAUACAGAAGUUGAAAUUCAACGUUUGAAAGAUAGUAUUGGUCAUUUAAUACUAACAAAUGGAUUUCUCUCAACGAGUAAAAGCGUGCGAGUAGCUGAAAUUUAUGCAGGAAUUGAAGAAAAUUUUGACAGGAAUGAGUUCGAGUCGAUCAUUUAUGAAAUUAAUUAUAAAACAAGUGAAAAUCCGGAAACCAUACUAGGUGACAUUUCAGGUGAAAGUGAAUUCUCCGAAGAGGAAUAUCUAUUUGACCUUGGAACAGUCUUUCAAGUAGAAAACGUGAUCUUCGAUGAAAAAAGAAGGUGUUGGAUAUGUCAAAUGAGUCCGUCUAACAAAGGUUCAGAAAUUGCUAAAGAAUAUGUUGAAUUUCAGAGAAAUGAAAUGAACAACAAAAAAACGAAUAUCUUCGUUUUAUUUGGAAAUUUACUUUAUGAUAUGGGAGAAUAUAUCAAAUCUCGAAAUUAUUUUCAGAACUUGUUAUCCCAAUCAUCUAUAUUUGACUCAUCUAGUCUGAUUGAUAUUUAUCAGGGACUAGCACAUGCCUUAAUUGGAACUACUCAAUUCGAUCUAUCACAGAAGUAUUUGCAAGAUGCUUAUGAUUUAUGCGUAACCAUUGAACCUUUCUCGGGAAAAUGUGCGCAGAUAUUGGGCUACAUGGGUUAUAUCAAUGUUUGUCAAGGCAAGUUUGAUAUUGCUUUAGAUUUUUAUUUCAAAGGAUUACAAACAAUUGAACUCAAUGCUCAAAACAGAAAACAUAUUUUUUAUCUCUUUAACAAAAUUGGUCUAGCAUACUAUAGUAAAGGACAAGAUGAUCUAUCUCUUGAAUAUCUAAACAAAUCGUUUGAAUAUCUUGAAAAUCUAGUACCUGAGGAUCAUCCUGAUACUGGUGAAUAUUACAAUAAUAUGUGUAUGGUUCAUUACCAUAAGGGAUCGUAUGACCUUGCAUUAUUUUAUCAAAGAAAAGCGUAUGAAAGUAGUCAAAGACUUUAUCCGGCUGAUAAUCACAUGUAUCUUAGUGUUGAUUUGAACAACAUUGGCAAAUGUUAUUAUAAAAAAUGUGAAUAUAAACAAGCUAUAGAAUGCUUUGAGAAAAGCUUGCAUAUAGCUAGAAGAGUACUACAAGAAAGUGACAAUUACAUGGAUAUGGGUAUAUCAAUAAGUAAUAUCGGUAAAUGUUUCUAUCGGCAAAAGAACUACUCGGAAGCUUUGAAACAGUAUGAAAUCACGUUUGCACUCUUGACAAAAGACAAUUUACACGAUCAUAUAGAUAUGGCUUAUACACUAAAAAAUAUUGGAGAAGUUUAUUUGGAUUUGUUGAAUUUUGAUCUAGCAUUGAGUUAUUUCAAACGUGCGCUAUUUCUAUAUGAGAAAGCAUUUCAUGGCGGACAACAUCGGGAUAUUGCGAAAUGUUUAAAUCUUAUUGGACAAGUUUAUUAUUAUGAAAAUACUGACAAUGAUGAUGAAACAUGCUUGAACUAUUAUAACAAAGCAUUAAGUAUAUGGCAGAAUGUUUUACCAAAUACUCACCCAGAUUUAGCAUUAUGUUAUAAAAAUAUCACACUGUUUUAUCUGAAUAGAAAAUCUGAUACAAUUCAAGCAGAAAAAUAUUUUCAAAUCGCAUACAUGAUUUCGAUGUUCACAUUAACAAACGAUCAUCCCUUUGUCAUUGAAAUGUGCAACAUUAAACAAAUUAUCGUGAAAUAUCAGAAGAAAACGAGUAUCAAGAUGCAGAUUGAUACCUCGAAAUUAAUUUUAUUUUUACUGAUAUAUACUGUUGGAUUUUGCUUUUUCCUUUAA